UCUCCCAUCCACCUCCUGCAUUUCUCUUCCAGAGAAAAGAGUCCCCGCAUGGAAACUCUCGUCUCUGCAGUUCUGGGAGAACUGGCAAUUCGAUCCAUUAAUUUCUUCAUCAGAAGUACCUUCAAGCCAACAUCACCGGACGUGGAGGAUCCCCUGCGCAGGAUCCUUCUCCGGGCACAGGUCAUCGUCGAUGAGGCCAUGGAACGGCAGAUCACUAACCAAACUGUGCUCCAGCAGCUGCACAUGCUUAGAGACGCCAUGCACCGAGGGUAUUAUAUUCUCGACACCUUCAGAUACAAAUCUCACAACAAUGAGGAGGCCAAAGGUCAGGUCUUGAGUCACUCUUUAUCUCUGUCAAAAGUAAAUUUUCUACAAGGUAUGUGUUUACCCCGUAAAAAUACACCGAUUUUGGAACAGCUUCAAAAGUCGUUUGAUGAUUUAAGCUCCAUGAUCCUUGAUGCGCAAGAGUUAGUCGUGUUCUUGACAAGCUAUCCUCGCCUGUACCGCCAACCUUAUAGCAUGCAUCUCCUGCUGGGCAACUGCAUGUUUGGCCGCCAGAUGGAGUCAGAACUUGUCAUCAACUUCCUCUUGCGCACACGAUCUUAUGGUUCUAAAGAAUUGGAGGUCCUGCCAAUUGUUGGUCCUGGUUUAGUGGGCAAGAGCACCCUUGUUGCUCAUGUUUGCGAGGAUGAAAGAGUCCGUGAUCACUUCUCAGAAAUCUUGUUCUUACACGGCCAUGAUUUUACAGGUGAUGAUCUCUCUGCGUUAAGAGAAGGACAUGCAAUGGAAUAUCAAAACCGUGUAAACUUGAACAGAGAUAGAAGAUUACUGGUUGUUGUUGAGUUAGUUGGUGACCUCAACAAAGAUGCCUGGAAUAGAUUGUACUCUGCUAUGCAGCAUGUGCCAAGCGGUAGUAAAGUCAUAGUCACAAGCCGGUCCGACAAGAUUACGAAGUUUGGAACAACACAGGCACUAAGGAUGAAGUAUGUGUCAUGUGAAGCAUACUGGUAUUUCUUCAAGACCCUCACAUUUGGAAGCACAGAUCCCGAGACGCACCCGAGGUUUGCACACCUGGCCAUGGAGAUAGCCGAGAUGUUGAACGGAUGCUUCAUCGGUGCAAACAUGACCUCUUGUAUGCUGAGGGACAACUUUGACAUCCGCUUUUGGUGUAAGGUUCUGGCAUUCUUGAGAGGGCUCAUGCAGAAGCAUGUCUCCAGAUUUGGUGGACAUCCACUUGAAGUCAUAAACCAGAAUAGACCCGCGCAUCUUUGGAGGAUGGCUGCACCUUCUGAAGACUUGGUGCUUUAUCAUCUGCACCAGCACCCUUCACAGGAGGAGGUUCCAGAGAUCAAAAUCCUAGAUGUGCUAUAUGGAAGCGUUAAGCCUCGCGGAAAAUUUGAUGUCCUAGUGUGGAGGUCUCGCAUACCGCCCUACUAUAGCUAUUCCAAUACUUGCGAGAUCCGAGAGCUAAAAGUUACAGGUGCCAAGAGGAAGCGUUCUAAGAAAAGCAGAGUGAUGGUUUGUUAAAUUUUUUUCCCCUAUUGUUAGGCUUGUGUAGGAAGAUAGCUGAACAUGUUCCUUUCUAUUGAUAGGAUGUUACAGGGUUACAACAUUGUUCAGAUUCAUCACCACUACUACUACCUUGUCAUGUGUAAAGUACUCAGUGAGCC